UGAAUGAGUUGUCUCCUCGUUCGUCGGAGAAGACACUUCGAGACAACGUGAGACGGCAGUCCACGGCCGUGUCGGCGGACACACAGCCGGACGUUGUCUUGCUCGGCGUGUCAUGACGUUUGUUGGGAUUUUUCUCUCAUCUGUUCGCGGCAGCGGAAAAGCAGCACCACCCUGUCCGCGCUCCUCAGCCGAAACCCAGUGAGGCAGGAAGGGCUGUUUUUAUUAUUUCUGUUUGUUCUCCGCGUCCACCUCGGCGGACACUCUGUGGACCUAUUCUUUCUUGGUUUUGUGCCGCCAUGGCUGAGCGGAGCUCCAGCGGCUUGCUGACGGUGAUGUUGGAGCCCACGCCGGCUGUCGCUAUGACCCUGCCGGCGGAGGUGCGGGAGAAGCUGGCGGAGCUGGAGCUGGAGCUCUCCGAAGGAGACAUCACUCAGAAGGGCUAUGAGAAGAAACGAGGCAAGCUAUUGGCACCGUACAUCCCACAGAUACAAGGUGUAGAUCCUUCUCUUCAGAUUGACAACAGGAUCCAGACUUCCUCACAAGCCAUUGUCCCCAGUUCCAAACACAACAAGUCUCGGGUUGCCAACACCAGAGAUGAGCGGUUCAGAUCAGAUUUACACACAGAAGCCGUCCAAGCAGCUUUGGCCAAGUACAAAGAGAGGAAAAUGCCCAUGCCUUCCAAGAGACGUUCAGUGUUAGUUCAGUCCUCUGUUGAGGCAUGCACCCCGCCAGACACCUCUUCAGCUUCAGAAGAUGAGGGUUCACUUCGGCGGCAGGGACGUCUAGCCACUUCCACACCCUACCAGGGCCACAGCCACACAGCCAUUGAGCACUGGUUUAAUCGUGUCAUCCAGGGUUCGUCCACCUCAUCCUCUGCGUCAUCCACCUCAUCCCACCCUGGAGGGAGAUCCAUCACAACCACCAGUACCAGCACCACAGCUCACACAGCUCUCAGUGUCAACGCAGCAGCUACCGCAUUGGCCGACCUUAUGGCACACACCCAGCUAGAUAACCACUCAGCGCCCCCUGAUGUGACAGGGCUGUCAGAACGCUCCUCGUUUCAUGGGGAGCGGCCCCAGGUGGCCUCAGUGCGAGGCAUUUCCCGCGGCUACAACAAUCACACCAGCGUCAUGGAAACUGCAGAUGGCUAUGAGUGGAGAGGUGAAGAAUCCUUCAGUUUAAUGGAUGGCGUUCCUGUCAACAGUCGUGUUUCUUCUAAAAUCCAGCAGCUGCUCAACACUCUUAAGAGACCCAAGCGGCCACCAUUACGAGAGUUUUUUGUUGAUGACUUUGAAGAGCUUUUGGAUGUUCAGCAGCCAGAUCCCAACCAGCCAAAGCCAGAAGGCCAGCAGAUGAGUCCCCUGAAAGGUGAGCCUCUUGGGGUGACCAACUGGCCUCCAUCUUUGCCAGCAGCUUUGCAACGGUGGGGAACCACCCAACCCAAGAGCCCUUGUCUGACAGCACUUGACAAUGCUGGCAAACCUGUUUAUACACUGACCUAUGGUAAAUUAUGGACCCGCAGUCAGAAACUGGCCUACACUCUUCUUAAUAAGCUGAGCACAAGAAAUGAGCAUUUGCUUAUGCCUGGAGACAGAGUUGCACUUGUUUUUCCAAACAAUGACCCUGUGAUGUUCAUGGUGGGCUUCUAUGGUUGUCUCCUGGCUGAGCUUGUUCCGGUGCCUAUUGAAGUGCCACUGACUAGAAAGGAUGCAGGAAGCCAACAGAUCGGCUUUCUGUUGGGCAGUUGUGGAGUGACGUUGGCAGUGACCACUGAUGCUUGUCAGAAAGGCCUGCCGAAAGCACAGACGGGAGAGGUCGCCACUUUUAAAGGUUGGCCAAGAUUGCUGUGGUUUGUGACUGAUGGAAAGCACGUCGUUAAACCUCCAAAAGACUGGCAUCCUCCAGUACGAGAAGCCAGUAAUGAUAUAGCCUACAUAGAGUACAAGACCAGUAAAGAGGGCAGCACGAUGGGGAUCACUGUGUCUCAUUCAGCCAUGUUGGCUCACUGUCAUGCCCUCAGCCAGGCCUGUGGCUACACAGAGGCUGAGACCAUAACCAACGUGCUGGACUUCAAGCGAGAAGCGGGAUUGUGGCACGGUGUUCUCACUAGUGUUAUGAAUCGGAUGCACGUGAUCAGCAUUCCUUACUCUCUGAUGAAAGUCAACCCCAUCUCUUGGAUACAGAAGGUUCACACAUACAAAGCACGGGUAGCAGUGGUGAAGUCCAGGGACAUGCACUGGUCUCUACUGGCCCAGAGAGACCAGAGAGAUGUCAGCCUGAGCUCACUGCGCAUGCUGAUUGUAGCAGAUGGUGCAAACCCCUGGUCGAUAUCUUCCUGCGAUGCCUUCCUUAACGUGUUCCAGGCACGUGGGCUCAGACCUGAGGUGAUCUGCCCAUGUGCCAGCUCUUCAGAAGCCAUGACUGUCGCCAUCCGCAGACCUCCAGAAAUGGGCAUUCCACCUCCAGGGAAGGCGGUCCUGUCUAUGGCAGGGCUGAGCCACAGUGUGAUCCGUGUUGACACCGAGGAGAAACUCUCUGUCCUUACAGUGCAAGAUGUGGGUCAGGUCAUGCCUGGAGCCCUGGUUUGCGUGGUGCAGGUGGAGGGAGCACCAUACCUCUGUCACACUGAUGAGGUUGGAGAAAUUUGUAUUAGCUCAGGCAGCACUGGCAUGUCAUACUACGGCCUCCCUGGCAUGACCAAGAACAUCUUUGAGACUAUCCCACUGACAUCAUCAGGACUUCCAAUCAGUGACAAACCCUUCACAAGGACAUCACUGCUGGGUUUUGUGGGGCCGGACAGUCUUGUGUUCAUUGUGGGGAAGAUGGAUGGGCUGAUGGUUGUCAGUGGGCGGAGACACAACGCAGACGAUGUUGUUGCAACGGCGCUUGCUGUAGAGCCAAUGAAGUUUGUGUACAGGGGCAGGAUAGCAGUGUUUUCUGUGUCUGUGCUCCAUGACGAGCGGAUCGUCGUUGUGGCAGAGCAGAGGCCAGAUGCCUCUGAAGAAGAUAGCUUCCAGUGGAUGAGCCGUGUUCUUCAGGCCAUAGACAGCAUCCACCAGGUGGGGGUGUACUGCCUGGCUCUGGUGCCAGCCAACACGCUUCCCAAAGCUGCCCUUGGUGGCAUUCAUAUAUCUGAAACCAAACAACGCUUCUUGGAGGGCGCCUUGCACCCCUGCAACGUCCUCAUGUGCCCCCACACCUGUGUCACCAACCUGCCCAAACCACGACAAAAACAGCCAGAGGUUGGUCCUGCUUCCAUGAUAGUGGGAAACCUAGUGGCAGGGAAGAGGAUAGCACAGGCCUGUGGGAGAGAUGUGGCCCAACUCGAGGACAAUGACCAGUUCCUCUACAUACAGGAUGUGCUGCAAUGGAGAGCUCAGGCCACUCCAGACCAUCCUCUCUUCCUUGUUCUCAAUGCAAAGGGCACAGUGGCGAGCACAGCAUCCUGUCUACAGCUGCACAAGCGUGCAGAGCGGGUGGCAACAACACUGGUGGAGAAGGGCCGCCUCAACACUGGAGAUCAUGUAGCACUUGUUUAUCCACCAGGAAUUGAUCUGAUUGCCACCUUCUACGGCUGCCUGUAUGCCGGCUGUGUGCCAGUGACUGUCAGACCGCCCCACCCUCAGAACCUGGCCACCACCCUGCCCACCGUCAAGAUGAUUGUUGAGGUCAGUAAGUCAGUGUGCAUCCUGACCACUCAAGCAAUAAUGAAGCUGCUGAAAUCCAAAGAGGCUGCUGCUGCUGUGGACAUUAAAAGCUGGCCUAUGGUGUUGGACACAGAUGACCUCCCCAGGAAGAAGAACCCUCAGAUCUAUAAGCCGCCCACUCCAGAGAUGUUGGCAUACCUGGACUUCAGCGUGUCCACAACAGGCAUCCUAGCAGGGGUCAAGAUGUCUCACUCUGCCACUAGUGCCUUGUGUCGCUCCAUCAAACUGCAGUGUGAGCUCUACCCUUCGCGGCAGAUUGCCAUCUGUUUGGACCCCUACUGUGGCCUGGGCUUUGCUCUGUGGUGCCUCUGCAGUGUGUAUUCGGGCCACCAGUCUAUCCUGGUUCCUCCUCUGGAACUAGAGAGCAAUGCGUCUCUGUGGCUGGCGGCAGUCAGCCAGUACAAAGUGCGGGUCACCUUCUGCUCUUAUUCUGUCAUGGAGAUGUGCACCAAAAGUCUGGGCUCACAGACUGAAGCGCUGCGGUUGCGGAAUGUGAAUAUGUCCUGUGUCCGUACAUGUAUGGUGGUGGCAGAGGAGAGGCCUCGCAUAGCGCUCACUCAGACCUUCUCAAAGAUCUUCAAGGACUUGGGGCUUUCGCCGCGUGCAGUCAGCACAACGUUCGGCUGCAGGGUUAAUGUGGCCAUCUGUCUGCAGCCCAACAGGCUCGGCAAACUGGCUGAGCAGGGCACAUCAGGACCAGACCCAACUACUGUUUAUGUGGACAUGAGAGCACUUCGACAUGACAGAGUUCGUCUGGUAGAGAGAGGGUCACCGCACAGUUUACCUUUGACGGAAUCUGGGAAGAUCCUUCCUGGUGUGAAGGUGAUCAUUGCCAACACAGAGACCAAAGGGCCUCUGGGAGACUCGCAUCUCGGAGAGAUCUGGGUGAGCAGUCCUCACAACGCCACGGGUUACUACACGGUUUACGGGGAGGAGGCGCUGCACGCCGACCAUUUCAACACCAAGCUCAGCUUCGGUGACACGCAGACUGUGUGGGCGAGGACGGGUUACCUGGGGUUCCUGCGGCGCACCGAGCUGACAGAUGCCAGUGGAGAGCGCCACGACGCUCUCUACGUUGUGGGAUCGCUUGACGAGACUCUGGAGCUGAGGGGAAUGAGGUAUCACCCGAUUGACAUCGAGACCUCUGUUAUUCGUUCUCACAAGAGCAUAGCUGAAUGUGCGGUCUUCACUUGGACCAACCUGCUGGUGGUGGUGGUGGAGCUGGAGGGUUCAGAGCAGGAGGCUCUGGAUCUGGUGGCCCUGGUUACCAACGUGGUCCUGGAGGAGCACUACCUCAUCGUAGGGGUGGUGGUGGUGGUUGAUCCCGGUGUCAUCCCCAUCAACUCGCGAGGGGAGAAGCAGCGCAUGCACCUGCGAGAUGGAUUCCUGGCUGACCAGCUGGACCCCAUCUAUGUGGCUUAUAACAUGUGAGCAGGGGCGCCCCAACCCAUGUGGCUCAUUAUGCAACGAAAGGCAGUGGGUAGAGAAAUGUGCGAGUGGUUGAUGGCCCGGCAUCACUACAGCUUCUCUUGAAUAUAAGAGCGAGCAGCUGACCUCAUGUUUGGGAUUCUGGAAUAUGAAAUAUGGAUCAAAAACAGAGUGAAACCAUUGACACAAACCUCAUCUGUGUUUCUCUGUAUGAUUCUUGCCUAAGAAAAUGUUUAAAAAAACAUUUUAGUUUAAUUGAAGUAUGUAUGACACAGGAAGCCUGAGAACAGUACAGCCUAGUGGGGAAAGUAUGAUAUUACACUGUGCCAUUGGUUUUUAUUUUUUUUGUUUUUUCUUUCUUUUUUUUGUGAAGCUCCAAAAUGAUGUGUUUGCAAUACUUGUGUGCCAUAGAACAGAAGUGACAUGAAGCCCUGACCCUGGCUGACAUGCUGCAUGAUCAUAUAACCUCCUGUACAGCUAAAGGGAGUCUACUUUUCAUGGCCUUAAAGGGGUCAUAUUGUUUAUAAACUUUUUUCCCCUAUUUUGGUUACAUAGUUAGGAUUUAUUGGUAAACAUUCCCACUGUCUUACAGUUCUGGCUCUUUGCAUGUCAAAAUUAUCCUGUUAUAAGUGAAUGUUAGCCUAAAAUGGCUCGUUUUAAACUUCUGUGACAUAUAUAACAGAAGUCAAUAAUUUGGACUCCUGCUCGCACUGAACAUUUUCUAGAAAUUGUUGGAUUUCCUUUGUUGCAAACCGUUUUUUUUCUUCAGACAUUAUGUUGACAUAGAGCUUCGAACUAUUGAUGGGCCGACAUGAAGAAAUUGCAAACUGCACAUGAUGCCAGCCUCUGAUGAUGUGGUUUUCCAUAAUUCAAAAUUACCUCUGUGGCAUCAUAUGCAGUUGCCAUUAUUUUUAAUAUGACCCUUCGACAGUCAAACAUGCCUUUGUCGAUGUAAGUCUGGUAGAAGUAGAGAUACACCACAACCCUGGAAAUCUGGAGUAUUUCUGGAAAUGUUUCCUCUCUGUUGAGACACCCACAUGGUCUCUGGGCCAUAGACAGGGAUGGCUCUGAAAGGACAAGAGGGUGUGGCCAGCAGCAGCUCCUUUCCAUUUAACGCAAGAAGCCAUUGGUCAGUUUUUUUGGAGACCAGAAAGUUGGGGCUGGGGGGUAUCUUUGUAUAUUUUGGCUUUUAAAUUUUUUUUUUUUCUAAUUCUUCUAGCUUGAUGAAAAGCCUUAUGUGACCCCUUUAAGCACUGAGAAACAAAAACAGCUAUACAGAAUAAGUCUGCACUUUCCUGAACCUUUGUCACAGCUCUGUUCAAUCAUGUUAUUACAAAACAACAAAGCGUAUUGUUGGAGAAGGUACAGCUUUUCUUUUUCCAUACACAGCUCCUUCCAGCAGUGUGUCGGUCGUAAAUCCCAUCACGUUCUUUUCUCAAUCUGAAGUGUGUUUUGUCUGAACCGAAAUGCAAUAUGUGAUGUGAACUAUGUUGCUCUGACCGGAAUCAUCCGUUCCUUAUCAUAAGCAACUUGCCAAAUGUUCUAAAAUAAGCCUUAAGUAUUUUUCAGAUGCCUGUUCCCGUCACGGCUGCUUUUAACUUAUUUUUGUGUGAAGUUGGAUGGCGAAGUAAUUUGCAGAAUUCUUACCUGAUGGAGUUUUUCAUCGUUUUGGCUAAGACGAAUGUAUUUGAUUUUUAACUUCAGCCAUUGCAAACCAAUAUUUACACCAUAGAUAAAUACUGUCUGCUGCUUCGAAUGCCUGUUUUAUAGGAGAUGACUGGAAGAAAGUGGAGCCGGUGCGGGUUUGAUGCCUCAUCACGAGUGCCAUAAGGUUGAGAGUUGAAACUCUUGCCCGAGUUCUUCGUAGUGUCUGAGGAAAGUGUCUUUUGUACUUGUAACACCUUAACCUUCCAUAAUUCCACACUGACUUUAUAAAAACUCACUUGUAGUGUGGUGGUGUUUUUUUUUUCUGCGUGCACAUCUGUUCAGAAACAGGCAGCCAGCCUGCUGUAAGUAUGUACAGCUUUUCUGUAAAUUAUUAAUAAAUGGACACUUGUCUGUUUCAGCAGGACACAUAAAGCAAAGACUGAAUCUAGCACACGUGAACUGCUCCUUUCAUGUCUGUUGGAAACAGUUUCUCGAGUGUUGAUGUUGGAACGAUUGCUGCGUGAAAAUCUGUGUAAAUGUAACUUUUUUAUUAUUAUUAAUUGUCUGAACAGGACACUUUCAGGGUGAGAAGCACACUCCGAGCACAAGAAAACAUUUCAGCUCUGAUGACUGUUGACGUCGCGUUCUCUAGAGCAAACCUUUGUUGUUAACAUAUGUUUGUCUGAUAUAUGGUUAGUUGUCAUUUUCUUAACAUGAUUUCUUAAUGAAUAAUAAAAAAA